AUGAAAUUCCAUCGCAUGAUUUUCGGGCGCAAAUUCAUUCUACAAACAGAUCAUAAACCUUUGUUGGCUAUUUUUGGUUCACGUAAAGGUAUACCAGUUUACACAGCAAAUAGACUCCAGCGUUGGGCAUUAACAUUAAAAGCCUAUGACUUCAAAAUUGAGUACGUUAAGACAACAGACUUCGGACAUGCCGAUAUGCUAUCCAGAUUAAUAGACAACCAACACACAGAAAAUGAGGAUACAGUUAUCGCUACGAUCCAGCUGAAAGCAUCAGUCCGACAAAUACUUCAUGAAGCAAUAGACGCGUUACCUCUCACAUUUAAUAUGGUAAAGUAUUCCACAGCAACAGACGCACUCCUUCAGUCUAUCGCGCGCAAUACCCAGAAUGGAUGGCAGGAAAUGCAAAACGCCGAUCCUGAAUUCUCUGAAUACUACAAACGCAAAGAUGCCUUAUCAAUAAUUGAUGGAUGUCUAAUGUGA